AUGGCGUCGGUGGUCAUGGAGCUCGAGCACGCGAUCGGGUUCUCUGGGAUUCCCGCGGGUCUGCACUUCCACCCGAACGGUGCCGAGUAUGUCUACCCCGCGGGCGGCUGCAUCGUCAUUGCGUCGCUCUCGGACCCGCACAACCAGGUCUUUCUGCGCGGCCACGACGGCAACAUCUCGGCCCUCGCCAUGUCGCCGACCGGCGGCCUCCUCGCAUCAGGACAGUACGGAUCCAACUCGGACGUUCUCGUGUGGGACUAUGCUGCGCGGCGCCUUCUCCACCGCUUCUCCGAGCAUGACUUUGGCAUCAAUGGUGUCGCCUUCUCGCACGACGAGAGACUCCUCUGCACCGUGGGGGCCGAGCGCGACGGGCGCAUCUUUAUAUGGGACCUCGAGACUGGCAACAUUGUCACCACGCAGCAGAAGCUCCAAAUGAACGUUCUCGCCGUGACCUGGGGCGGCUUCCAUCGCGACGUCAAGCGGCGCGACACGACGUCGUACCUCUUUGCGACCGGCGGUGCGCGCAUGCUUACGUUCUGGGUGCUGAACCCAGCGUCUGGGGAGCUCGCGCCAGCCAAGGUCGAGUUUGGCGCGCCCGUUGUCCGCGACUACACGUGCGUACAGUUCACACCGGAUCGCGAGACGCUGGUAGCUGGCACGACCAGCGGCGACUUUGCCGUCGUCAACGUCAAGACGCGCCGGUUUCUCCACAGCAUCUCCGCGUGCACAUGCGGGGUCUCGUCGAUCGUGGCGCUGGACGCGGGUGUCCUCGUCGGAGGCGGGAACGGCGACGUUCUUUACUUCAACCACGAUUAUGUGGACUCGGCCAAGGUCGCGCUUGUCGGGCCAGUCUCGGGCCUCAGUCUCGCCGCGAGCACGGUUGGGCGGCCAACGCUCGAGCUUCUCGCGGGAACGCAGCACGGGAACAUGUACCAUGUCAAAUUUACAGCGGCAAGCGGCCAGCUCACCUCGGCGCUCUUGUGCGAAAACCACUUCCGCGGUGUGCUCGCCGUCGCCUUUGCGACAGAGUCGGACCGAUUCGCAACGCUUGCGUCCGACUGCACUGUCCGCAUUUGGGACGCCUCCGACUACUCGGUGGUCGUUGCCGCUUCGGUGCACGACGCCGGCAUGCCGCAUUGUCUCGCCUACUCGCUCGACAUCUUGCUCACGGGAUGGUCGGACGGCUGCAUUCGGUGCCACGGCUCCGACAACGGGGAUUUUCUCUGGAGCAUCGACAAUGCGCACACGGGCGGUGUCACGGCGCUUGCUCUCAGCAACAACCAGCGCUUCAUUGUGAGCGGCGGCGCUGGGGGUGACGUUCGCGUCUGGGACCUCCGCAAGCGCGACAUGGUCUCGCACCUCAAGGAGCACUCGAUGACGGUGUCGGGCCUCGCCCUCUUUGACGACGACGUGCACCUUCUCUCUUGCAGCCGCGACAAGUCGUUCUUGUGCUGGGAGCUGCGCUCCGAGCGGCGUAUCUCGUCCCACAUCCAGCGCAUGGGCGGCCUCAACGCGGUCGCUCUCUCGCGCAACCAAAGCAUCGUGCUCACGGUGGGGCAAGAGAAGCGCAUUUCGUUUUGGGACCUCCGGAUCGAGACGCCGAUCAACAUCAUCACCAAGGCGCAUGUGGACGAAGCGACGUGCAUUGCUGUGGCCCACGCACUGCCACUGUUUGCAACGGGGGGCACGGACCAGGUGGUGAAGCUCUGGUCCUUCGACACGGGCGCGCUCUUGGUCGACGGGAUCGGGCACUCGGGCAGCGUUCGGUCGCUUGCGUUUAGCCCGGACGACCGCCAGCUCGUGACGGUCGGCGACGAAGGCGGCAUCUUCGUGUGGAACAUUUACACCGACGGCGUUGGAUGCUAG